UUCUAUUUACAGAGCACCGGUUUAACUGGAUUGGCUGUUUCCACCAAUCCCCAUCACACACUGUCGGCUUUGUAUGGCAAAAUUUUGAGAGCUGUCGCCAAAAUGCCACAAGAUGCUGCCUAUCGUAAAUAUACCGAACAAAUCGUUCAACAACGUUCGAAAGCCGUAGAAGCUCAUAAGGAUAUUCCCUCUUUGGAAAAGGCCAUUGGCUGUGGUCAAGUUGAAGAAUUGAUUGUCCAAGCCGAAAACGAAUUGGUAUUGGCACGUAAAAUGUUGGGCUGGAAACCAUGGGAAAAGCUGGUACAACCUGCACCAGCCAAACAAUGGGAUUGGCCACCAGCUCAAAUUAGUGAACCAAAACUUUAAACAAAUAAAA